AUGCUUGCGCAGCAAGGUUAUGUCGGACGAGUGACCCACCUCCCUUUCGAUAGGCCCUAUUUGGUGCCAUUCACCUUUGGCUGGGGUUCUCACCACUCGACACACCCUGUCCUUCGGUCCGAAAUUUUCCUUUUCAGGAAUUUGUGGCUUCCACCCUCCCUCCCGUACAUCCUUUUGCCACGAGUGGGGCUUGGUAUCCUCCUCGUUGUUUUUUCAGUGUUUUGGAUGGCGGCUGUGUCGCAGCACCGCCCUUUUCCAGUUGCACGGCACUCCGCGGUGCUCGAUCCCAGCAUCUUUUCACGCGUAACCGUUGCACCUUCAUUUUCCUGGAGGGGGUGCGCCCCCCAAGGAACGAUCUGGCCUCCCGAUGGUGCGUUAUUCUGGCAUCAAAGGUCAAUGGCGAAGUCGGUGUCCGAACUUCCGCUGCUUACGAAUUGCCUUACGAACGGAGAAUGGUUGUCACUCUUUCGCUUUCACGGUUGUCUGCUCCCUCCCGCUCUGCGCGUUGGUCGAUUUAUCCGGCUACCCUUCCUAAAGUGA